AUGCACCUCCCGCUUGAAGUGCGCGAGAAAGUCGCACUCCUCCCUGAGUCUCCCUCCCGCGAAGAGUUGUAUGUCCUGUGGACCAACCUCUUACAGAGACAUUUCCCCUUCCCUCUCCGUGGUUCUCUCCCAAACCUGCCCGAUCUUCCUGACGAGACUGAGGCUGAGCCGAAGGAGGAAUGGCACCUGGCAGAGCUGCAGGCUACGUUGAAGGAGGAGAUGAUGAAGUCGUCUCACUGUCACAUUGCACGAGGGCGCGGGAUGACAAUCCACGGUGCGAUCGUCGUCGGUCGUGAGGCCAAGUUCUACAAGUGA